AUGGAGUACAGCCGCGAGGCGGCCGCAUAUGGGCAUCUGCAAGAGGAGGGUGUCGAUGGGCAGUUUCUGCCUGCGUACUUUGGCUCCUUCACGCUGGAUGUUCCACUGGAAGAACAGCAGCGAGAAAUUCUCGACAGAUAUGCGCAGGGAAGGGACAGAGGGGGGGCCGAUGCCAAAGUGCGGCGUGUGAGGCUGACGAUGAUGGAAAAGAUUGAGAGACAGCCGAUGACAUACCAGCUUGUAUUUGGCGACCUGAGUGUAGUUCCGGCAGAGACACGACUCACAGCCAUUGCGACGACAAUGGAGGCCUACGCAAGGCUACACUUCCACGGCGUUAUUCAUGGCGACUUGGCACCACGUAACGUCUUCGUCGAAGACAAGGGACGCAACAACGACAGUAACCCAAAGGCGAGCGGGCAUUUGCGGUUCUAUCGAUUCAUCGACCUUGAUCUUGCCUACAUUCUCGGCCGAUCCGACUCUUCGUAUCCACGACGGCCAGCACAUGAAACACGUCCACGCAAUCCCAUACUUCUGUUCUGGCAGGUGUUUGAAAGUGGCGCGGCCAACAUGUACUACUGGCUGCCCUCAAACUUGCGCAACACCCGGGACUUUCACGGCUGGAUGCUCCAACGAUGGUAUGGAGACACGCGUUUCGAACCAAUUGGCGCUGUGCCGGAGCCUUCCGCCGACGGAAUACCCUGGGACACGGGGGCGGCUGCCAAGGACGUCAAGUGGCCAGGGGACAAAACGCCAGAAACUGGGAUCGGCAGGCAGAACGAUGUGGUACCCAUGACAGUACUUAAGAUUCCAAGCAAGGCUGACGCAAGCCAGAUGAGCGGAGAGCCAGGAAUAGAUGGAGGCCAAGAUGACAAGCCUGCAAGACCGGAGGGGUUCUGGUGA